AUGGUUUUCCUUCGCUUCUUCCACAUCGCCACUUUUCUACUAUCGGCGUCAGCGAAAUAUGUGACUGUCGCAUCGAAAAAGGCUUAUGACGACCCGUUACGCCCUUUGAGCGAAGUUAGAUGCUGGAGAAAGAACAUUGGGUUUAUGCCAAACCUAGAUUGGAAGCUUCAAAGGGACGCUGUUGCAUUCAUGGGCAUUCCUACAAUUAAGAGCCCUGGUUCUGCAUCCUGCUUUUCUUGUUGGAAGGUCAAUUAUAAUGGUGUGGUGAAAUAUUUUCUGGCGCUCGAUGCCUCUGACUUUGGUUAUGUUUUGUCUGUGAGGGAUAUGGAGUCUUUGACAGGCGAAGUGCACGAGUUAAGCCUCGAUGCAGAAGUUACGGAAGUGGAUACGAUAAACUGCGGAUUAUCGUCACUGGAACUUCAUGCAUAUGAUUUUUAG